GCUGCAGGAGCGGGGAGGGGCUUGAGGGUCGGAGUGUGUGAACGCGGCGGCGGCUUGUGGGUUAGAAGCUCGAGCUGGCGGCUCGGCGGUGGGAGGGAGCCUCUGUGUGACGGCUGCGCCAGGAAGCCUGAGCGAGCGCGGGGAAAAGGGUGGUCCCUGAGUGCGGGUGCAGGAGCCCGCGUGCGUCCCGCCCGGGAAGGCCGGGGAUGUGAAUGGGGAGACCGUAUAGUCGGUGGACACCAACAUCAGAGCCUGGAAGAGCGGGCGGGGGCCAGGCUGGUUGUCCUAAGUGGAUAAAAGCAGGAGUUCGUGUAACAGGAGAUGGCGGACACCGGGGACUUCAUGGGUCAGGAGCCACACGCAGAUGACAAUGAUUUAUUCAAAGAACCAAUGAAAAAAAGAAGACGAUCAGAUCGAGAGCAGCGAUUCCGAGCAUUUCCCUCAGUGGAGCAAAGUGCUCUUAAGGAAUAUGAAAAAUUGGAGUCACGGACCAGAAGAGUUUUGAGCAACACUUACCAGAAACUUAUUCAGUCUGUCUUCCUGGAUGACAGCAUCCCUAAUGGAGUCAAGUAUCUCAUAAACAGGCUUCUCAUCCUGAUUGAAAAGCCGCCAUUGGACCCAAUCUACAUUGGAUUACUUGGCAGCGCUGGGGCUGGGAAGAGCUCCCUGAUCAACGCCAUCACCCAGCAGGCAAUGUUUCUUCCCGUGUCUGGAGAAAGCGUCUGUACUUCAUGCAUCGUACAAGUGAGCUCAGGCUGCCGCGCGCAGUAUGAGGCCAAAGUCCACCUUCUCUCUGACCAGGAGUGGAAGGAGGAGCUGAAGAACUUAACUCAGCUCCUGCACAGGACGGAGGAGCUGGGUGGAGCAGAGGCAGGCGCCUGGGACAGGGACGAUGCAGUGCAGGAAGCCACCUGGAAGCUGCAGACGGUUUACGGAAAUGGGGCAGAGCGGAAGAACUAUGAGGAGUUACUAAGGGCCAGGCCCAAAGGGAAGAUCCCCACCUCCAGAGUCGUCACCCUCAAGGCAGAAGAGGCAGGAGAGCUGUCUGUCAAGCUGGACCCCUAUAUCCGGACUCAGAGGAGAGACUGGGAUGGAGAAUCAGCUGAGACUCAUAUCUGGCCCUUGAUCAAACAUGUGGAAGUGACUCUUCCCAAAUCCGAGCUGAUUCCAGAAGGGGUUGUGCUGGUGGACAUCCCAGGCAUGGGAGACUUCAACAGCAAGAGGGACGAGAUGUGGAAAAAGACCAUCGAUAAAUGCUCAGUGAUCUGGGUGAUCAGCGACGUAGAAAGAGUUUCGGGGGGAAGAGCCCACGAAGACCUUCUGAAUGAGAGCGUCAGGGCCUGCCAGCGGGGUUCCUGCAAGGAUGUUGCCCUGGUGGUCACCAAGACUGACAAACUCCACCUGCCGGAAUACCUAAGGGAAAGAAAGGCAGGAAAUCAAGCUAUUCAAAGUCAACGAGAGGCUGUUUUAGAAAGAAAUGAAAUGAUAAGACUACAAAGGAAUAGAUUCCUCAAGGAAAAACUGAAGAGAAAACUACCAGCUGACUCCAAGGUUCUAGAAGCCUCAGAUCUGGUGUACACAGUAAGUGCCCAGGAGUACUGGCGGCAGGUUCUCCUCACCGAGGAGGAAACUGAAAUCCCCAAGUUAAGAGAAUACAUAAGGAAAAGGCUCUUGGACAAGAAGAGGAGGUUGGUGACCAAGUUUGUCACUGAAGCCUUCGGCCUGUUGCUUCUCACGGACAGUUUCAACUCCGUGGGAAACUUGCCGAACGAACACUUGCACAUGAGCGGCCUGCGCAGAUUUGUGGAAGAGAAGAUAGAGCUGCUGGAGACGGCCAUCGAGCAGUGCUUUGCCCACAUCCAGCGGCCUCUGCAGCAAGGGGUCAGCAACGCCAGGACUUCCUAUCGACACGUCCUCAGGGCAUGCCUGGUGAGGAGUAAAGGAAACCAAGGUUUUCACCAGACUCUAAAAGCUGUUUGUCUGAAAAAUGGCAUCUAUGCCUCCAGGACUUUGCCAAGAAUCGAUCUGAACGAAGCCAUCACCCAGCCCAUCUAUGACCAGAUUGACCCUGUGUUUGGAGGCAUUUUUAGGGCUGGGAAUCCCACUGGCUUAGCUCUGAUGCCUCACAUAGAAGCUUUUAAGCACUCCCUGCAGGAGAAAAUGAUGGAAAUUGGGAUGAGAAAUGGCUGGAAAUAUGACAGCUGCAAAAAAAGUUUCCUGAUUCAGGAGAUAAGCGCCAUCCUGGGAGGCCUGGAGGGGCAAGUACUCAGAAGGAAGAGGAGGAUCUACUCGUCUAUCACCGCCUCUGUCCAGAACGACCUGAGGCCCUGCUACGAAGAGGCAGCUCAGAUCACUGGCAAAAAAGCAUGUGAGAGAAUGAAGGAUGUCCUCCGAAGAGGAGUGGACCGGCAGGUGGCCGAGGGCAUGUUUGAAAGGGCUCAGGAGAGGAUGCAGCACCAGUUCCAGCAACUGAAGAGUGGAAUCACAGAGAAGGUGAAGGGCAGUGUUGCCACCAUGCUGACCCUUGCCUCAUCCCAGGGGGAUGGGCUCUACAAGGAGCUUGCAGAUGUCAAAAAUGAAUACAAGGAGAUGGAAAAGCUACACAGAAGCCUGAGGGAGGUGGCUGAGAAUGCGCUGCUGCGGAGGGGCAUGCAAGAUUUCCUCCUGAGAAUGUCCCCCAGCAAAGCUGGACCCCCCAGAACACAACUUUAAUUCUUGGGGCUUAUCCCUAGUGGGAUGAAAAAUAAGCCUGCAGCCACAUAAUCAGAAUUACUUCUGUUUUUUGUAAUCUAAUGAAGAACAGCUCCCGACUGUUUGGGCUUUAUAUAUAAUAUAAAACUCAAUAAAUUGUUGCUUCUAGCUUAAUUUUAUUUUAUAGCCAAAAAAGAGUGAACUUGACUCUCCAGUGGAGUUAUAAAGCUUCAGGGACAAGAAACUUGUGCUUCACCGAAGAAAAAUAUCUAAACAUCAGAAACCUGAAAUAUUAAAGAAAAAAAUUGCAAAUAAAACUUUAAGAGACCCAAUUCAAUUUCCCAUUUUAAUAGUGAUGAGACUUUUGGAUAAAGAGGCAAUGUUGUGCCAUGGGAACAACAUAGGUUAGGGAGUAGGUGGACAUGAGACCCAGUUCCAUCAUUUCUCAGAUGUGCUAUCCAGCACCAGCACUUCCCAGACAUUUGGACCUUAGCACCCUAUGCUCUUAGAAAUUAUUGAGAACCCUACAGAGCUUUUGUUUAUGUGGGUUAUAGCUACUGAUAUUUACCAUAUUCAA